GGGACCAUUUGCCUAAAUCUUUGGAAGGAUUUUUUAUCUAUGAAGAAGAAGGUUCUGGAAUUCCAGGUUCUAGUAGGAAAGGAAAUGAUGCCAUCGUAGUAGAACAAUGGACCGUUAUUGAGGGCUGUGAAAUCAAAACGGAUUAUGGCCCUCUGCUGCACACCCUGGCUGAAUUUGGAUGGCUUCUGACAAGCGUGUUGCCUACACCUAUAUUAAGACAUGACAGUGAAGGGAAUUUGGCUACAAAGCAGGUCGUAUUUCUUCAGAGGCCAGUUAUGUGGAAUUCAGCUACUCAAACACCAGAAGUGAGUAAAAUUGAUGCUUUAUGAGCUGAAUGUCAUGUUGAAGCAUUUAAUUCUUAAAUUCUCAUUGUAAUUCCAAGUGGUGAAGAAGUGUGGAUAUAAAAACAGUCUCUGAAGCAACAUAUAAGAAGAGAAAUGUCUAGCAAACAGGCAACACAAGACAGUUCUGAAAGGAAUUAAAAUAUGCCAACCCCAAAAUAUACCACUCUGGCAUAAGGAUUAUUUUGAGCUGAUGGCAAUUAAGAAACAGCAGACACAGGAGGAAUUCUUUGCCUUCCCUCUUUCUGCCAAAAACCAGGGCAUAAAUUUCACUUAAUAAAGGUAAUAUAAAUUUCCAUUUGUAAAGGUAUUUCUUUCUCCCGUACCAGGAAGAGAAGACUCACACUGACUUGAGUCUGCAAAAACAAACGUUUCUAAAAUAAUCCUGAUCUUCCAAAAGUUUCCCCCAUAUAUUUACUUUCCCACAAUUUACUUCCCCAGAAGCCAAACUCCUUUUCCUUUGUAUACUGUCUUGUCCACAAUGCAUUACCCUUCGUCAAAAUGCUAUAUAAUCUCCCAGGUUUUCUACACCAAACUGCCUCUUUGGGUUUUCUCUUCUUUUUUGUGAAGCCCCUGUGUGCA